GAUAUCUCUUCACACACAAAUACACACUCAGCUCCAUGGAAACUCUUUUUCUUGUAGCUGUUCUACUUCUGGCUCUCUCCUCUUCCUCUUUCACACGAUGCCAGAGAAUCAUACAGAUUCCACCACCACGUCCAUUAUGCGUCUCUCAAUACGCUCUGGCUAACUACGCCUGCUCACGUGUCCCAGUUACCACUGUCCUACCUUCUUCCCCCACUGUCCCACCUUCUCCGCAUAUCGAUCCUCCUCCUCCUCCUCACCAUGACCAUGAUGAUGACCAUGACCACCGUCGCCAUAAUGAUGAUCAUGACCACCACGACCAUGACAAUGACCAUGAUGAUGAUGACCAUGACCACGACCAUGACGAUGACGAUGACCACGACCAUGACGAUGAUGAUGACCACGACCACGAUCAUGAUGACGAUGAUGACCACCAUGAUGAUGAUGAUGACCACGAUCAUGAUGACGAUGAUGACCACCAUGAUGAUGAUGAUGAUGACCACGAUCAUGAUGACGAUGAUGACCACCAUGAUGAUGAUGAUGACCACGAUCAUGAUGACGAUGAUGACCACCAUGAUGAUGAUGAUGACCACGAUCAUGAUGACGAUGACCACCAUGAUGAUGAUGACCACGACCACGAUGGUGACCAUGAUCAUGAUCACGACGAUGACCAUGAUUACGAUGACCACGACCACCAUCACCGACACCGAGAUGAGACGUAUGCUCAACAAGAUUGCUGCAAAUGGUUGAGGCAAAUAGACAACGAGUGCGUGUGCGACCUUCUGGUUACGCUUCCGCCAUUGCUAUCAAAACCUGCUCAUAACUAUACAGUCUUUGUGGAUGAUUCAUGCAUCGUCACAUUCACCUGUGGAGGCAGACUUCUAAACUAAUUAUCUCGUAUCUCUCUCCUUGAAAGACACUUUUUUUUUAUCUUAGAUGUACUACGUUUGUUUUAUUUCACGCCCUUGAGCUCAACUGUUGUAUGCUCACACUUGACCAGACAAAAGUCAACCAAACUAAAAAAGUAAGCGGAUUAUCGUUGCGUGAGUUACACUGAA